AUGAGAUAUUAUGAACUAGAACAACUUGAUGAUAGUGCCUACGGAAAUGGGGGAUUCACAACACUUGUGUUUGAUGCCUUUGGACUUGUCCUUGGAUGCCAGACACAACAGAAAUGCAACGUCCUUGGCAGCGAGAACCUUCAUUUGGACACUAGAUCAGAACACAAAGCGUUGGUCAUAUUAAUUCAUAUUAAAAACGUGGUAAAGCAAAUCAAAUAUCAACAGGUCAGUAAUUGUUGUGCGUUAGCAGUCGUUAGUGGUUGCCACAGGUGGAUAGAUGCGUCAUUAAUUCACGUGUGCUGA